GCAUGGGCAUGAGGGUGAUGUGGGAUCUGUGGGAAAGGUUGUGAUGCACCCUCUCACGCACUGGGUGAUUGAUUCAGGUUGCACCAGUCACAUGACCCCACGGGCAGAUUUGCUUGAUGAGGUAAAACCCCCUGGGAAGAUUAAGUAUGUGGCAGCAGCGUCAGGUGCUUUGCUCCCCGUGAUUGGUGUUGGAAAUGCCAAGGUUAAGGGAGCUAAUGGGGAGCUUGUGGGGCUUGGGAAUGUUCUGCUAGUUGAAGGUUUGUCUGCUAACCUUCUCUCUGUGCGGCGACUGCAGAAGAGUAAGGCCGAAGUGACCUUUGGACCAACCAGCUGCCGUGCUAAGCUUGGGAAGAAGGUGCUGUGGAGUCUGGAAGAGGAGACCAGCUGCAUCAAGGACCUGUGGCAGCUGCCCAUCAUCCCUUGGAAUGGGAAGACUCCAACAGCAGCAACGGCAGCAGCGGCAAAGGCAACAGCAGGAAGAGAUGCAACUGCACCAACUGAUGGGGUCCUGGAAGCAGUCAAGAAAGUGCAGCAGCAGCAGACACAUGGUGAGGUGCUUGCUGGUGUGGAUGCGAGUGCGGCAUGGGCUAAGGCUUCAUCAAGGAGUGGAGAGGCCGAUUGGGAGACAUGGCAUGAGAGGCUGCGUCAUGUGAACUUCCCUAUGCUGCAGAAGUUGGUGAAGGAUGGGAGCCUGAAAGGAUUGGAGAGGGAAUGCGGACACAAGGUGAAGGUGAUCCGCAGUGACAAUGGUGGGGAGUUCAUUGGAGCUGAUUUUGAGGGGGAGUUGAAGAGGAAGGGGAUCCAGCAUCAACUGACAGUGCCCUACAACCCGCAGCAGAAUGGCGUGGCUGAGAGGUUCAACAGGACCCUGCAGGAGGGGGCACGCACUCUCCUUGGGCGUGCAGGGCUGCCUGAUCCGUUUUGGGUGUCUGCAUUGAGGCAGGUCGCCCUUGUGAAGAAUAGGGUGCUGGCUACAGUUGGGGAUAAGGAGUGGAUCCCAUAUGUCAAGUGGUAUGGGAGUGCUCCAGCUGUGAACAUGCUGAGGGCAUUUGGGUGCAUGGUAGUGUUUCAUGUGCCUAAGGAGAAAAGAGGGAAGUUGGAGGCUUCUGGAAGAUGGGGUGUGCACUUGGGGAUUGCAAAGGAUCACAAAGCGUGGCUGCUAUGGGACUUGACCACCCAGAAGCUGACAGUGUCAAGGGAUGUGAAGUUUCUUGAGUCCCUGUACUACAAGGAAUGGAAGCAGCAGCAACAGAAGCUUCCAUCUACACCGCUCAUUGUGGAGGUAGAUGAGGUGCAGCAGCCUUCAAGACAGGUGGAGGUUGCAGUGUCAGAGGAGGAGAUGUCUGGGGUGACUGAGGAAGGGGGAGCAGCUGAAGUAGAGCAGCAGCAGCAGCAGCAGCAUGAGUCUCCACCUCGAGUUCCACACCCGCCUGAGCGACCUAGGAGGGAUGUGCGCCCUCCAGUGAGGCUGACCUAUGGGGGAAGAGGCAAGCCGAAUGUGGUGCAGGCUGGGAGUGUGGUUGAGCAGAUUGAGGAAGAUGAGAUUGCAUUAUGCUAUUGGGCUGCAAUUCCUCAACCCAAGGUACUGACGCUAGCUUCAACUCAGUGAAAGCGGAUGGCACCAGCAUUGGGGGAUAUGUGUGCUUGCUAGGAGGUGGUGCUGUGAGCUGGCGCAGCAAGAAGCAGAAUGAGGUGGGAUUGUCCUCAUGUGAGACUGAGUACAUGGCCUUACACCAUGGGGCCAAGGAAGUGGUGUGGCUGAGGCGCUUGUUGGAGGAGUUGGGAGUUGGUCAGGAGGAGCCGACAGUUGUGUUCUGUGACAAUGAGUCUGCUGUGAAGCUCGCCAAGAAUGCUUGUCUGCAUGGGCUGACAAAACACAUAAGGCCUAAGUGGCAUUGGGUGAGGAGACUCCUCAAUAAGGAGGUGCGGCUGGAGAUAGUGAAGACCCAUCAGCAGGCAGCAGAUAUUUUCACCAAGCGUCUGGCGGAGGCGGAUCAUUGGAAGGGCAUGAAG